AUGAAGUCGACCAUCUUCGCCGCUGCGGCUCUGUCGCUCUGCGCCGCUGCCGCCCCGGCCCCGGCUCCCACCUCCGCCGACGACCAGUGCCCGGCUACCACCAUCACCCAGACGCAGACGCAGGUUCAGACCGUUACGCAGACGCAGACGGUUACGCAGACGCAGACCGUCAGCCUGCAGCCCGCCACCCACACCAUGGUUCUGCCCCAGGAGCCUGUCACCGUUACUCUCCCUGCUCAGGGCACUGCCGCCGCCGGCCAGCCCCAGCCCCAGCCCCAGACUGUCACUGUCACCCCUGAGGCCCGCACCAUCACGGUUCCUGCCCAGGUCCUGCCUCCCGUCACCCAGACCCAGACGGUUGGCGGCGUUGCUACCGUCACUGCUGGUGGCGAGGUUCAGACCGUCACCGUCUCUCCCCAGGCGCCUGUUGCGCCCAGCACCGUGACCGUUGGUGGCGUUGUCACUGUCACGGCCGGUGGUGAGGUUCAGACUGUCACUGCUCCUGGCGUCAUCCCUGUUGCCCGCACCGUCACUGUGGUUGGCGAGGUCAGGACUGUCACUGUUCCCGGCCAGACGAGGACCAUUACGCUCACCUCCGCGAGCCAGAGCGUUCAGACCUCUGCUGCUCAGAACCCUGCUGUUCAAUCCCCUGCUGCUCAGUCUUCUGCUGCUCAGUCUUCUGCUGCUCAGUCCUCCGCCGCUGCCCAGUCCUCCGCCGCUGCCCAGUCCAGCGUCCAGGUUGAGAACGUCACCCUGACGACCAUCACUCUGCCCAACACGACCGUCACUAGCACUGUUGAUGCGUCCACCGUUACCAGCACCGCUGAUGCGUCCACCAUUACCAGCACUGCUGAUGCAUCCACUGUCACGGAGACUUCCACGGAGACCACUGCUACGGCCACCGAUGCUACCACCACGGCUACGGACGCCACUACCACGGCCACUGAUGCUACCACUACGGCUACGGAUGCCACCUCCACCGAUGUCACCACCACUGCCACUGAUGCUACAGCCACUGACGCCACCACCACGGCUACUGAUGCUACGGCCACCGACGCUACGGCUACCGAUGUUACUACCACGGCCACUGAUGCCACGGCCACUGAUGCUACGGCCACCGACGCUACGGCCACCGACGCUACGGCCACCGACGCUACGGCUACCGAUGUUACUACCACGGCCACUGAUGCCACGGCCACGGAUGCUACGGCUACGGCCACUGACGCCACGGCUACGGAUGCUACUAUUACUGCCACCAUUACACCCGCGCCCGAUGCUACCACCACCGACGACGGCUUAAUCAGGAUUACUCUCGGCCCUGACGGCAACGUCCUCACGCUGCCCGCGUCGGCCUUCCCGGGCACGGCUACUACCGACGCCACGGCCACGGUCACGGACGCUCCCGAGGCUACCAGCGUGCCCGGCUCGCCCACCCCGACUAUUGUCCCGGACUCGCCUAGCCCGACUCCCACUCCCGAGUUCACUCCUCUCGAGCCCACCGACGACAUCCCGACUAUCUCGCUCGACCCCACGGGUGAUCUCCCUACGCUCACUGCUUUGCCUACCGAUGAUCUUCCUGAGAUUACCAGCUUCCCCACGAUCGGCCUCCCCACGCUCAGCCUUCCCGUAAUCAGCAUCCCCAUCAGCAUCCCCAUCAGCAUCCCCGCUACUACGGCCGCGCCGGAGCAGAGCGCGCCCGCACAGAGCGUGCCCGACGAAGAGACCCCGACGCAGACGAUUGGCGGCCAGGACGACCCGCUGAUCACGGCCGCGCCGCAGACGCCGUAUAUAAACGCGAACGGUGACAUUGUAAUUCCGCAGUUGCAGGAUGACGGCUCAUACCAGUACCUCACGAUCCCCAACGGAGGGUUUCAACCCUUCGGAGGAAAUGAUCUAACCAUGUCGUAG